UCUGAAAGUCCCCAUAUGAGCGAUGAAUUCGUUGACAGGCCUAGCAACCAAAUGUCGGUUUGCCGUUUUAGAGGUCAGCGAUGACGAAGACGAAGAAAAACCUCAAGUAGAAGGUGACAAGGCGGGAACCGUCGCGGGAAGACCAAAAGGUGCUGACGCAAACAACGAUGCAAAAGCGAAAAAGAAACGGAAAAAGAAGAAAAACAGGUCAAAAAAUAACCAGUCCUCAGGAGAUCCUUCAAACAAUGAUCAAGACAUAGACAAUAAUGAGCCAAAUGCAGAUCAUGGAGAGUGGGAUGAAUGGAUGCAGAAAGAUGAACAGUUUGUUCUCAGUCAAUUCCAAAGGGAUCUCAAGUUGGCUCUUGAGGCAAGUAAGAUAGAUACAAUUCAAACAAGGCAAAAACAGGAAUUAACAUCCACACAAGCAGUUAGUCAGGAAAUUACCAAGGAGAAGAAAAAGAAAGAAAAGCCUAUUCCAAUGUCAUUAAGUGAAUUUAGACAAACUGGAACUACUGAAGGAAUCCAAUGUGCACCAAAGUCUGAAAGCUCACAUUCUGUGACAGGACUUGAUAGCUUUUUAGAGUGGCCAGAUGAUUCUACCAUAGCUGUAACACUGAAUCAUGAGAGGUCCAACAUACAAGGCACAACUUUUAACGAAAUGGUGCAGGUGGAAAGACAGAGUGAGGAGAAACCUUCCACACCCACAAAGCCUGUCAAGGUAUCUGGUAGGAAGAAGAAUGAUGUGAAAUCUGAUACUGAAAGCAGAAAUCAAAACCAAGUCACUAAGACAUUAUCAGAAAAAAAACUUUUUGUAGCAACCCAUGAAGAUGAAAUGCAGGCAGAAAUGGUUCAUAUUAAAGAUGAGUUAGACAAGACAGGUCAUGAGCUCACUGAGCUCAGGAAAGCCAAGGUUGAACAUAUUAAAAUCAUUGAAGACUUGAAGAAAGAAUUAUCUCAAGUGAAGAAAAGAAACAAGCAAUUAUGCUUCAUUCUUAGUCAGGCAGAAAUGAAAGAAAAAUCUGAGCUGCUGAUGCAAAUUGAAGAGCUAAAUGAAGUUAAAGAGCAGGUGGUACAGUUACACGCUGAACUAGAACAGGAAAGAUCUAAAAACUCUGCUUUGAAGAAUGAGAUGGCCAAGCGCCAAUCGAGAACCGAACUUUGAGGAAGUGCAAAUAAAUGCGACGCAGAGUAUCAAUCUUUCAAGCAGGUACAAAAAAACAUUAAAACAGGUUUUAAUCGAUUUCCGUGAAGGAACUUAAGAUACGUUUGCUUGGAAUUUGAUCACCACGCCUAAGAACUAGAUUAUUACUGGUUAGUACAUGACGGAGAUUGUAAACAGAUACUAGGCGCGCCCUGUUAUGCGUCCAACAGGUGGUUAUAGUGUUGGUGCCAAUAGCGUCAAACGCUUUUAUAUUCCUUGUUAUUGAUUAGAUGCUUUGUUGAAGGAAACCCAAUAAUAAGUCUAGACUGUAGUGCCUUGGAAUGAGCGGCAACUCGACAUUAUUUCCUUAAAUUCAGGGUGGGGAGCUUGCUAGAACUGUAUUCUGCUUACUUUUCUGUGUUAAUACCAGAUGACAUCGUACUCACAACCGCUACUGCUAUACCAGGGAUGACAGCCUGAAAUUGAGUCCCUUAAUAAAUUUGGGAGAACACUACAUUGUGCGUUAAACGGCUUAGAAAGUAACGAUUCUUUUAUAACUUAACGGUAUAGGCGUUAUUUCUGUCUGAUUUACAGCCACAUCAUUUGAUACGCUGGCAGCCACCAGAACCUGUAAUUUCAACCGUUUAUUCUCCAGCAGGGUUAGUAAGGGCGUAACAAAAAUAAGGACCUGCAUGCAAGAAGGACCAACAAUAACGUUUGUAACCGGCAGCAAGUCCUGUACAACUGCCAGCCUAUAUCCAGUCUCCCCAUACCAUGUGGGUGGUUAUUUCUUGUCCUUCGAUAAUGUCAAAUGGCUUUCGGAGUUGCCACUCAUGCAAGUGAUCUACUCC